AUGUCUGAGGAAUCUGAACACACUCUUCAAGAAAACGAUGUUGUCUUGGUUUAUUCAGAUGAGCUCAAACAAGAAGUCGAUGCAGUUGUUCUUGGCUUUAGGAAGUCAAACAAAGAAGCUUACAUUCAUUAUAUUAAACAAGACAAACGCUUAGACCACUGGAUUGAUGUAUCAAAACUAAAAUAUAAUCCAGAUGGGCAAGGAAAACUUGAAGAACAUAUACUUUCGAGAUUUCAACGGAAUCAAAUUGAGGAUUCUGAUUCAGAAGAUGAAUUACAAACAAAAGAAUACAUAUUAUUUGAAAAAUUACAUGGAGAAGUUACCAAAAUACGCAAUAUUGAUACAAUUACUUUAGGUAAAUAUACCAUAAAAACUUGGUAUUUUUCGCCAUACCCUCAUCCUUUCUAUAACAUGGAUCAUUUUUACAUUUGCGAACAUUGCUUUAGCUAUUUUGCAACAAAAGAACAACUAGACAAGCAUAUUCAGGAAACAAAUGAAAAAACUCCACCAGGUAAAGAAAUAUAUCGCGAAGGUAACAUAUCCAUUUACGAAUUAAAAGGUUGGCGUCAAAAAAUUCCAUGUCAAUGCCUUUGUUUACUCUCAAAAUUAUUUUUGGACCAUAAAACUCUUACAUAUGACGUUGAUGGCUUCGUUUUCUACGUUCUUUGCGAAUGUGAUGACGAUGGAGCUCAUGUUGCUGCAUACUAUUCUCGCGAAACAGCUUCACAAAACAAUAUUCUUGCUUGUAUCACAACAUUACCGCCAUAUCAGAAGAAAGGAUACGGCAGAAUAUUAAUAUCUUUAUCAUAUGAAAUUGCUAAGCGCCAAUUUAAGGUUGGUGGACCAGAGAGACCACUAUCAGAUCUUGGUCGAAAGGCUUAUCGUGCAUACUGGCAUGAUACAAUACUAGAAACAUUAAGAGAUCAUAGAGAUGAAAUCAAAAGCGUAGAAAACUUAUCAACUUUAACAUCAAUUCAAAACGAUGAUGUAAUCAUUGCUUUGAAGCAAAUUGGACUUGCUGUUAAGGUCAAGGGUGAAUAUGAACUAAAUAUAACUCGAAAUGCUUUGAAUAAUGCUCUGAAAAAUUUUGAUGCUUCAAAAUGCAGAAAUAAAAUUAAUCCUCAAUUCUUAAUCUGGCUCCCUGGUGAUGAUGAUCAACAUUAG